UGCAUGAAUAAUGUUUAAAAUAAGAUUCUUUCCUGUAACUCGAAAUCGUGAACAGAGUUUUAGUGAUGCUUGUGCCUUCUUUCUCCCUAAAGCUCUUCCUCCAUCACUAUCCUCAAUUUCGAAUUUUUAGGGUUUUAUCUUGAAUCUCUCUUCCUAAAUUACUUAUCGAAUUUCUCGGAUUGUGGUGAAAUUAAGGUUUCGAUUGAUUCAAACUUCACAGGUUUAGCCAGAAAGUAUCAAUUUUAAGGGCUUUUGUUGGGUCUCUAUUCUCAAUUACACAACGUAUUACUCGAAUUAUUGUGAAAUUAGGGUUUUAAUUGAUUCUGGACCUAGAGACUUCACGGUUUUAGCUAGAAAGUUACGAUUUUUAGGCUUUUUCGUGGAUCUCUGUUCCCAAUUACAUAUCGAAGUGUUGUGAAAUUAGAGUUUUGAUUGAUUCUAGAGCUCGAGAUUUCACGGGUUUUGCUCAAAGUAUCGAUUUUUAGGGGUUUUCUUGGUUCUCUCUUCUCAAUUACGGAUCGAAUUGUUGUUAAAUCAGAGUUUUGAUUGAUUCGGGAGCUCAAAAGUAUCGAUCUUGCUUCUUGGGCGUGAUCAUUUUACUCCAUUAAUGGAAGACGGCGAGCUCGAGUUCUCUAACCAUGAAGUGUUUUCAACUUCCGACAUGAAUAUGAAUGUUUUACCACCUACCUCCUGUUCCAUGGACACUUUCUUCGACGGGCUUCUCAUGGAUACCAACGCUGCUUGCACCCACACACACACUUGCAACCCCACGGGACCAGAGAACACCCACACUCACACCUGCCUCCACGUCCACACCAAGAUCCUCCCCGAGGACAGCGACGAAACAGCCGAGUCACGCGGUAAGAGGCCCUUAGGGAACAGAGAAGCCGUUAGGAAGUAUAGAGAGAAGAAGAAGGCUAAAGCCGCUUCCUUGGAGGACGAAGUUGCGAGGCUGACGGCUGUGAAUCACCAGCUUGUGAAGAGGUUGCAGAGUCAGGCGGCAUUGGAAGCUGAGGUCUCGAGGCUUAAGUGUUUGCUUGUGGAUUUGAGAGGGAGGAUUGAUGGGGAGAUUGGGUCUUUUCCUUACCAGAAACCUUCUUUCUCGAAUAUGAUGAUGAAUCCUUGUAAUGUUCAGUGUGGUGAUGGGGUUUAUUGUCUUCAGGAAGGUGUGUCGGUCAGUGAGCAAGGUUUGAGUGGUUGUGGUUUUGAUCAGUUGCAGUGUGCGGCUGAUCAGAACCUGGUUGGUAAUGAAAACGGGUCGUUUAACAGUGCUGCUAAUGUAUCUGCUGCCUCCAGUAAGAGAAAAGGUGGGCAUCGUGCACCGAAGGCAGCUUGAAGCACCAUCAAGCUUGUACCAUCUAUUUACACGAGGAUAGAUAUUUGUAUUCCAAAUAAGUUGUAGAGUUCGGCUGUAUCAUCAGCUUCACUCAGGUUCCUUUUGCUUUUUGUUUCUUUUUCUUUUUUAAUUUCUUUUGUAUUUCCUUGUUGAGUUUUGCGGUGCUAGAAAGAUGAUUUGUUAAUACAAACUGUGUUCCUGCCAUUUGUUUCUAAGUUGAUUGAUAUUAUGUCUUUGUAUGACGAGUAGCAAUUGGUUCUUAUUGCUG